AUGGAGACUGAACCAAAUAACAGGUUGUUUCGUCUGCCCUUCAAGAUCCCGAGCUUCCAAGGGGUCCGGGCACUCGGGGUGUACCUUUCGGGGACCCUGUACGCACUCGGGUUCUGGGUCUUCCUGGAUGCUGUCCUUUACUCCAAGUACUCUAACGCAUCUGAUGUGCACGUCACGUUCAUUGACUGGAUCCCCUUCCUGUGCAGCACACUAGGUAUGAUUGUGGUGAACUCCAUUGAGAAGAACCGGUUGAUGCAAGGUGCACUGAACGGCGGUUCUGGCGGCGGUGCAUUUGGCGGGGACUUGGACGCGCACAUGGCUUGGCAAGCACGUACAGUGCUGUUCUGUGGGUUUGCGCUGCUUGCCGGUGGGCUUGCUGGGUCGAUAGUCGUUUUGGUUAUCAAGUUUCUGGUCAAGGACUACACGUCGUACCCUACCCUUGGGAUGGGUGUGAACAACGUGUUGGGGAAUUUGUUGAUACUGGGGAGCUGUGUGAUCCUGUGGGUUGCACAGACGGUAGAGGACGAAUACUCGUACUCUUUGACUAUAUAA